ACAGGUGUAGACUCUUUAAUAGUUGAGUGCGAGUAAUUUUUGGAAGUAAAGUCUUAAACCAGAUCAUCAGCACCAUGAAGGCAAAGUUGGAACUUGUCGUCUGUCUCUUCUGGUCAACUUUAGCCUACAGCGUCUCCGCCAGCAGCACCAGCGACGUCGUGCAGAAGUUCGAGUUGGCUGGGGUUGGGAAGCAGUCCCGCCUGUUCUCUGCGUGCCAGUCCCAGGCCAACUCUUUCGAAGGAUCCAUCUUCUCAGUUGCUGUCACGGACGCUCUUAGCUACCAGCGCUUCACUCCGAAUCAGAGUCGCCCCAUGAACUGGACCGAGAUAAGACUCGGAGGAGACUCUGGAGUCCUCCAGUGCAUCAUGGCAGCUGGAGAGUUAAAGCCCUGGAUGAUCAAAUACGAAGGCAAAUGUCUUGCCACUUUCGACGACGUUUACCUAUCGCACGAAGAGAAAAGCUGCGACGUUCCUCAGGAAGUGGUCUACGUUAUCACAGGUUUCAACAUGUACAAGAACGUCUCCGUGCCGUUCUUCUCUUUCUAUGACUGGUGUCAUGAGAGCCUCCCGACUGGCAUUGUUGGCCCAGUGGGGGAAGACUCGUGGCAACUACACCCACCACUGAAUUGCUGCGGGGAUGGAAGUUAUGCUUACGGAGCCGGUUGCUAUGAAUUUGUUCAAAACUCCUCGUCGUUCUGCGAAGCUACCGCGCAGUGCAAAUCCAUGGGGAUGACGUUUGCCGAUUAUCGCUUUUUCGAGACGCAAAAUCUCGCGUUCGAUGUUGAUUACUAUCUUGGAAGUCUUGCAGACAAGAACGUGGCAGUCGACUACCGCCGGGGCGUUGAUGGCGUAUGGCGCUGGCCCACAGGGGAGACCGAAGCCUGGGAAUGGGCCACUCCCCCUGAUCAGGACCACGGCUGCGCCAUCGUACAUUUGGCAUAUGAUGACCCUUUGAUGGUUCCAGCGCGGUGCGGCGACCACGUUGAACUGGCUCUUUGCCUAGAGCCCGUUGGGGGCACAUUAGCGCGCUGCUAGCUAAAACAUAAAAAUACUGCCGGCUUAUCCCGUAGAAAAUUCUCUCACGUAUCUUCAACUGUUUUUUAUAAGCUGUUGCGAUUUAUUUAAGUCAUUUUAAUUGGAAACGUGUUCGCCCGGCUUUUAUAAAAGAUGGAAUAAUUUUACAGUUUAAGACUUCCCUCGCUCCCAGCGAAGAAAUGGUUGGCUUCUUCCUUCGUCGCCAGAAGAUGUUUUUCUUCGCUGAACUUAUCAUUAGCUGCAUUGAACAGCAGACUACUUAUCUGUAAUCAACUUAUGACAGAAAAUUUUGACAUGAAUAAGUUUUAAGUUAUUUUCAAUAGAAGGCUACGAUUACUGUUGUAACUGUCGAUGAGACAAUCGAUGGACCUUUAUGAUAGGGUGAUUCAACCGUGCCCAUAAAUCAUCGUCUCACCAUCUACAUUUUUCAUUCACUCACCCCAGAGAAUCACGCACACCUUCUAGUCAUCCGCAGUUCCUACGUUGUGCGACUGGUUGAAAAGGAGCAGAAAAAUGGCAUACCUGACGAAUUCCCAUUAAGAAAUUCUGAACUCUUUGUUUCGCUCAUUGAGAAGUUUUUCAAUGGCUCCUCUUUUUAGUGGAUGUACUCCAAAGCUAUUAUUGAAAUUUAGCAUAGCUUAUUUUUAUUUGUUUUCAUUCGAUGCAGCUUGGUGGAUGUUUGUAGAACGACUUUGAUAGUCUCUGCUUGCGAGCGUUGUUCAGCAAAGCUGGUUUUCAGACACUACCUAUUUUUUUCCAAUUCAUCGCUCUAUGUACAGUUGAAAAUGUCAUCACUUGUUAACACACUUAUGGUUGUUUUUCAGCACGAAACUGCACAGAAGUAUUAAAAAAAGUUUACCGGUAUUGCGUAUUGUCGAUUGAAGUUUCUGAGAGAAAUUUUCCAAGGUGUGUUUAUGUUAUUGAGCAAAUAAAAUGUCAGGCGCGUCCAGCACGCCGGGCCAA